GGGCCACGUUGCCAGUCUACUUGGUGCUCUUUCCUUCCUAUCAACCAAGCUUGUUGAAUUUGUCUCAGAAUCUGGGGGAAGCGUCCUAGAUGGGACAUUCAGGAAACAGUGUUAAAACCUCCAGAUCCUUCUGACAUUAGAACCGGUUGUUCCAUCGCCGGGAAAAAACACACAUGCAGAUGUUGGAUCAUGUCAAAACUCUUGUCAAGAGUGUGGAUUGUCUCACACAGGACGGAGAUGUGGCUUCUGAUUGUGGUGGCUUAUUUGUUCCAAAGAAAUGUGAAUUCGGGAGGUAUGCCGACUAAAGCAGCGGACCCAGAAGCAUUCAUGAAUAUUAGUGAAAUCAUCCAACAUCAAGGCUAUCCCUGGGAAGAGUAUGAAGUCGUGACAGAAGAUGGGUAUAUCCUUUCUGUUAACAGAAUUCCUCAAGGCCUAACGAAACUUAAGAAGACAGGUUCCAAGCCUGUGGUGUUCCUGCAGCAUGGCCUGCUUGGAGACGCCAGCAACUGGAUUUCCAACCUUCCCAACAACAGCCUGGGCUUCAUUCUGGCCGAUGCUGGUUUUGACGUGUGGCUGGGGAACAGCCGGGGAAACACCUGGUCUCGGAAACACAAGACCCUCUCCAUUGACCAAGAUGAGUUCUGGGCUUUCAGUUAUGAUGAGAUGGCUAGGUUUGACCUUCCUGCAGUCAUAAACUUUAUUUUGCAGAAAACCGGCCAGGAAAAGAUCUAUUAUGUCGGCUAUUCACAGGGCACUACCAUGGGCUUUAUUGCUUUUUCCACCAUGCCAGAACUGGCUCAGAAAAUCAAAAUGUAUUUUGCUUUAGCACCCAUAGCCACUGUCAAACAUGCCAAAAGUCCUGGCACCAAAUUUUUGCUGCUGCCAGAUAUGAUGAUCAAGGGGCUGUUUGGCAAAAAAGAAUUUCUGUACCAGACCAGAUUCUUCAGACAGUUUGUUAUUUACCUGUGUGGUCAGAUGAUUAUUGAUCAGAUUUGUAGCAACGUCAUGUUACUUCUGGGAGGAUUUAACGCCAACAAUAUGAACAUGAGCCGAGCAAACGUGUAUGUGGCGCAUACGCCCGCCGGGACGUCUGUGCAAAAUAUCCUACACUGGAGCCAGGCAGUGAACUCUGGGGAACUCCGGGCGUUUGACUGGGGGAGCGAGAGCAAAAAUCUGGAGAAAGGCAAUCAGCCAACUCCUGUAAGGUACAAAGUUAGAGACAUGACGGUCCCCACGGCGAUGUGGACGGGGGGUCAGGACUGGCUUUCAAACCCAGAGGAUGUGAAGACACUGCUGGCCGAGGUGACCAAUCUCAUCUACCAUAAGAACAUUCCUGAAUGGGCACAUGUGGACUUCAUCUGGGGCUUGGACGCUCCUCACCGUGUGUACAAUGAAAUCAUACACCUGAUGAAGCAGGAAGAAACCAGCUUUUCCCAGGGAGUGUGUGGCAUCCGAUUGUGAAACCGUGGACACUGACAAGUCUCAGAAAAGCCUCGGGGAAGGGGGAACCCUUAAAUGGAGGAUUUUAAGGAUUUCCAGAAUUGAAAACCCACCAUAUGAGUAGGGGGGUGGAGAAGGGAGGACAGAGAUAUGGUACAUACUCCUUGAGAUUUCCUGUAUUUGACACUAAAACUGACAUUUAAAUUUUUAUCAGCUAAUUAAAAUAUUGAUUGGGUGAA